AGUGAGGUUUCCGUGGAGACAACCCGGCCUGCGGAAGGCGGCGGUGGAAGCUGCAGCACCACCUGCGAACAGAGGCAGGGCCCGGGCAUGGUGGCACAGUCUGCACUGUGAGGGCGCAGCGGCCGCUGGGUCGCCAUGCGCCGGCGACCCUGACAUGGGCGCCAGCGGCUCCAAAGCUCGAGGCCUUUGGCCUUUCGCCUCGGCGGCGGGGGGCGGCGUCCCCGAGACUGCGGGCGCUGAGCAAGCUUUGGUGAGGCCUCGAGGCCGAGCGGUGCCCCCCUUCGUGUUCACGCGCCGCGGCUCCAUGUUCUACGACGAGGAUGGGGAUCUGGCGCACGAGUUCUACGAGGAGACAAUCGUCACCAAGAACGGGCAGAAGCGGGCCAAGCUGAGGCGGGUGUAUAAGAAUCUGAUUCCUCAGGGCAUCGUGAAGCUGGAUCCCCCCCGCAUCCACGUGGAUUUCCCUGUGAUCCUCUAUGAGGUGUGAGCCUGGUGGGUGAUGGACACAAGCACCGCCCAACCCAGUGAGAAGCUUACAGGCUCAAGGUGUGGCUUCCAUGGAGGAACCCAGGCUUGGGCCACAACCCUGAAUAAACUGUUGGCCCGGAACCUUCAGCUCUGAGCAGGGCAGUCCCUCCGUGUACAUUGGGUAUUGGUUUGUGUGUGGAUGAGAGAUGGUUGGUGGCUGGCAUAGGCUAAUGGCAGAGUUACCAACACAACUUCCCCAGCCACCCUGCGAGAAGCCUGGCAGGGCAUGUGCCAGUCAGGAGUCUGUGGUUCCUGCUUCCUUGCCCGGCCUGCUUCCUUCCAAGCUUGCCUAGGGCCUGGCCCUACUAGAAGCUACAGCACUUUACAAGCAGUCUGCCUUCUGCCAGCCCCUGGGCUUUGGGAGCUCGACAUAAGCAGGACCUUCCUCCCCCUCACUUCCUCUCUCUCCCAGUCAGAGCAUUUCAGCCGUUUGCUACCUCGAUUCCUCCUGUGUCGGACAGAGGCUGGGGACAGCACCAGCCUGAUCUUCCCACCCACCUGGCAUUUGUUCCCGCUUUCAGAUGGACGGUGCGCUGGCUGUUAACAGGAAUGGGGACUGGUAUGGGUAGUUCUCCCUCUCCCAGGGCUUGGCUAAUUCCUCCUCAGGAACUAGUGAUUGCCCUCUCCUUGGUUAAGAGGGUGCAGGCCCGAGUCAGGACAGGCUGUGGAUGCCUAUGCCCGUGGGGAGUUGCCCCAAGCCACCCAUUCUAACCCCCCUGCCUCUGUACCAGACACCCUGAACCCCAGUCUGGAGGGUCCACUAUCCUGUCGUAAGGAACAACACACCAGGGCUGGUGCCAGCAGUGCUGUGAGGAGCACACCGUUCUUCCCUACAGUCUCCUCACCCCUUCUGGAUCAGUCAAGGGAAAGUACUAGGGCCCCUUGGUAGGGACAGAACGGAGAGCAAAAACAAAAGGAAUACUGUACUUAAAAUGUGAAGAUUUGUAAAUAGUCUAGUCCAUGAUGACGUUGGGGCAGAGUCUGAUUUCUAUAUAGAAACAACUCUUUUUCUUUUAAUUCCUUAUUGUGCAAGCUCUGUGCUUCUAGCGUGGGAAAUGGCUUGGGGAUGGUGCUCCCCGGCAUAGGAAGACUGUUGUGUUACUUGUUCGAUUCCAAUAAAAUUAUUUGUAGAUCCUGUA